AUGGGAACAAUUGCACAGGACUAUUUGGAUCAAAUGGACACUAUUAAGAUUCGGAAUACCGGUGAGAUUCAGAAGGAUGUACCCUCAUUUGACGUGGAGAAGUUCGUCAAAAAGGCAGGGCAUCAGAUAGAGAAGAUGAUAAAUGGUUGUAAAUUUCCUGGAAUUAGAUGUUUGAAGACCAAAGAGUUUACCAUGGCAACCACGCUAUCUUACUUGUACGGGCUUUGCUACACUUUCAAUGCAAACGCUUCAACAGUGAAGGAGGUGAGUACUGGUAAACACCAGGGCUUAACCCUUGAACUAGACGCUGAGUCAUCAGAGUACUAUGGACCUUUUAGCUACCAUGCCACAGGUUUUAAAGUAGUUCUACAUGAACCUGGGACAUUCCACAACAUCGACAACAUUGAAGGGUUUGAUCUAUCUCCUGGCUUUUUAACAAGCAUCAGGAUUAAAAGAGAAAAGACAAUUUCUCUGCCUCAUCCAUAUCCAUCCAAUUGCGGGUCAAAAAAGCUGCUCAAUUUUGAAAGAUACAGCCAACCAUCAUGUCUGAUAGAGUGUAAAUCUAGACUUCUUGCUGACAAGUGCAAAUGUCGUUACGUCGGGAUGGUUGAAAAAGGCAUAGACGUCAAGAGGUUUUGCAACAGCACUGAAAUUACACAAUGCAUAAUAAAGACGUCUCAAGGGAUCAAGGACCACUGCGAUUGUCCACGACCAUGCUUAUCAAUCCACUACAACGCGAAGACUUCGAUGGCUUAUUAUCCAUCUCAACAUACAUGGAAAACCAUGAUAAAGACACAUAACACAACAGGAUACAACACAUCUGAUCCUCAACAGUUGGAAAGGCUACAAGCCUAUGCGAGAAAAACCUAUACUGCUGUCACGAUCUUCUACCAGAGCAUGUCAACAGAUGUGACAAGAGAAAGACCAGCCUACACUUUAAGUGAAAUGGGAUCAAACAUUGGAGGUAGCAUGGGUAUGUUUCUUGGUUGUAGUUUCCUAACUGUAUGUGAGCUCAUUGAUCUCGUUAUCAUGGUGUACUUAAAGAGAAGAAAGAGGAAGUCAUCUAAUAUGGUCAGAGAUUUUAGCCAAGCCUAGAGGAGUGGUUUGGCGACGUUUGUUGGCCAAUUCGCGAUAUGUGCUUGCCCUUCGCACCUAAGGCCUCGAUAUCAUAUCUAAUUAUAAUUAUAAAUAAUAAUAAUAAUUAUUAUUAAAUCAUUUAUAGAAUUCAAGUAGCUAGUGGUACUGUUCCACUGUUUCAGUCAACAACUUGCAUGAGUUGCAACUUGCAAAGCCAUUUACA